AAGGCGAGAGCACAUAGGAGAUUCUCAUAUAUAUAAAAGCUCAUUUUCUUUUCCACUUUCGUUUAUUUAGUCGCCGACUUUUACGUCAGUAAGAGUAGCAUCGGGUGCUCAAAAUCCCUCAUUAAAAUAGCAAUAAUAGUAAAGCUAAGCCUGGUUUGUGUGAGUUUGCUUAAUGGGUUUAAUAUUCUCUUGGUUGCGUUUCAUUACGUUUAGUGCAUAGAAAUGCAUAAUAUUGAGUCGGUCGAUAUGUCAUACUUGGUUAACGGAAAAAAAUCAAACAGGUUUAUUACACGGUUUGCUUGCGUACAUCAGUAUAAGCCACAGUAUAAGUUGAGUCACAUCUGUAAUCUGUAGUACAGAUUCAUAGUACAGAUUCUGUACUAUGAAAUAAGCCAUCAGUUAUUAUACUGAAAUCCACCAACAAACUCCAAUUAUUUUCAUUACAAAUUUCUACUCGGAAACAUACUUAAAUUUGCCAAAAUUAGAAUUAAAAUGCUGAAAAUUAAAGAGAUCAACGACAACGAAAAUUUUUCUUUAGUGUCAAAUGGAAAUAUCGAAAGUAAUAAUUGUUCCCAUUCGGAGAAAGUUUUUGAGCCGUCGGGUGACUAUGAAGUUUCAACUCUGCUGGAAAGAGACACGGAAGCACUUGGUCAUCAAAUCGCUGGGCAUUCUAGGACAGGCGUCUUAAAGCACAAGCUUGGCUAUGUUUUAAAACCGCUGCAGAAAGAACCUCUUGGAACACGUGAGGUGAACUUCUACUUUAAAGUGUUUGGUACCGUGCCUAGGAUAGAGGACAAUGAUAAUUACGCUACAACCACACCCGAUCAAGAUGGAGAUCAGAGAAAGCGGAAUUCCAACUUGACAUUGCAAAAGUAUCUCUCAAAAUUUUAUGGCGUCAUGCGAAUUCAUUCCAUGGAUGAGGAAACCGGAAACCCCACUUGGAAACAUUACAUUGCUUUAGAAGAUCUGGUCGAAGGUUUCCUCAAACCUUGCGUGGUUGACAUUAAAGUAGGGGCUCAAACUUGGGAUUCUUUAGCCUCUCCGAAAAAAGUUGCUCAUGAAAGGUCAAAAUAUAUCGGGACGAAACAACCCAUCGGACUUAGCUUGAGUGGAAUGCAGUAUUACGAUUUGAGAGCAAAGAAGACGUCGAAAAUGGAGAAAGAAUUUGGCAAAACCCUCGUCGUCUCUACGUUUAUUGACACAAUCUACGAAUUUCUUAAUGGAGCUUCUGACCCUACAAUUCCAAACUAUAUUGCAACAAAAUUGUUACCAAGACUGAAAGAGAUUCAAGAAUAUUUCAAAGUACAAAGGGAAUUUUGUUUUUACUCGAGUUCUCUUUUAAUUGGAUACGACGCGUAUAGAUUUGAAGCACAAAAAUUAUUGAAACAAAAUUGUAAUUGGGAAUUGAACGAUAAUCUUGGCGACAACACGACGAGUAGUUGGCUGCGAGUUUGUAUGAUUGAUUUUGCCCAUGUGACCCCCAUGGAGGGGACAAAUCCAGGACCUGAUACCAAUUACCAAUUCGGCCUCAAUAACUUGAUUAAAAUAUUCAGCGAGCUGAGCUCAUCCACUGAUAUUCAAUCUUCAUCAGACUCUGAAUGAAAUAAUGUUAUACAAAAUUAUUGGAGCAAAUUUUGUACGUAAUACUAGGCUCAACUAGAAUUAGUCAAAAAAUGAAUUUAACCGAGUAAGUAAUUUUCUACGGGAAACUUUCUACGAUUUUCACAACUCAACCAAUUCAUGAAAUAAUAUGCAACAGUAUUUCAAAUACAUAAAUCAGUAAAUGCUUCAUCAGAAAACAACUUGUACAUAAAAAUUAGUCAAAAUUACUAUGCACAUAAUUUAAUGUAAUAUAUUAGAGAUGAUGCUGCCAUAUUAAAUGAUGGUGGUUCAUUUUGUAUUUAUCAAUAGUUUUUAAGUUCCUCAGUUUAUACUGCUGAUCGGUAGUAGGGUUGUAAUUUUGAUAUUUUCUGGAAAUACGUAAUAGUUUUAAUUUGAAACCAGUUUUCGAUUUCUAUCAAAUUGUAAUACGUAUAUACUUAUUAGUAAAUUAUUUGAAAAAUAUUUAUGUAUAGCUUUAAUUGCGGUGAAGACAAUAAACAAUGCAAUGAUACAUAC